AUGGUGUUUUUUCGCGGCGUAUCGGCCAUCUCAAGGAUUCAGUCUCGAGUCGUGCAGCAAUCUUCACUUUGUAACUCCGUCAGAUGGCUUCAGAUGCAGAGCUCUUCCGAAUUGGACUUGAAGUCGCAUCUGCAAGAGAUCAUUCCAGAGCAACAGGAGCGUCUAAAGAAGCUGAGAUCAGAACAUGGAAAUGUCCCAGUGGGGAAAAUCACUGUAGAUAUGGUACUUGGUGGGAUGAGAGGGAUGACUGGAUUACUCUGGGAGACCUCAUUGCUUGAUGCAGAAGAGGGGAUACGCUUUAGAGGCUUGUCGAUUCCUGAGUGCCAGAAAGUAUUACCUGCAGCUCAGCCUGGAGGAGAGCCCUUGCCUGAGGGUCUUCUGUGGCUUCUUUUAACUGGAAAGGUACCAAACAAAGAGCAAGUUGAUGCAUUGUCAAAAGAGUUGGCGGAUCGUGCGGCUGUGCCAGAUUACGUCUACAAAGCUAUAGAUGCUUUGCCUUCGACAGCUCAUCCAAUGGCUCAAUUUGCUAGCGGUGUUAUGGCCCUACAGGUUCAAAGUGAGUUCCAAAAGGCAUAUGAGGAGGGUGUUGUUCAUAAGUCAAAGUUUUGGGAGCCAACCUUUGAGGAUGCCCUCAACUUGAUUGCUCGUGUUCCUGUUGUAGCUUCAUACGUUUAUCGGAGGAUGUACAAGGAUGGUAGCAUCAUUCCUUUAGAUGAUUCUUUGGAUUAUGGUGCUAAUUUUUCACACAUGCUGGGAUUUGAUAGUCCUCAGAUGAAAGAGCUCAUGAGGCUUUAUGUCACUAUUCACAGUGAUCAUGAAGGUGGAAAUGUUAGUGCUCACGCUGGUCACCUGGUUGGGAGCGCACUUUCAGAUCCAUAUCUUUCAUUUGCAGCUGCAUUAAAUGGUUUAGCUGGACCACUCCAUGGUUUGGCUAAUCAGGAAGUGUUGCUGUGGAUCAAAUCGGUUGUCGAGGAAUGUGGGGAAAACAUAUCAAAGGAACAGCUAAAAGAGUAUGUUUGGAAAACGUUAAACAGUGGCAAGGUAGUUCCAGGAUAUGGACAUGGUGUUUUGCGUAAGACGGAUCCAAGAUAUGUAUGCCAAAGAGAAUUCGCCUUGAAACAUCUACCUAAUGACCCUCUAUUUCAGCUGGUGUCAAAGCUUUAUGAAGUUGUCCCUCCUAUUCUAACCGAGCUAGGAAAGGUCAAGAACCCGUGGCCUAACGUUGAUGCUCACAGUGGAGUGCUGCUAAACUAUUAUGGUCUAACCGAAGCAAGAUACUACACGGUUCUUUUUGGCGUCUCAAGGAGUAUUGGGAUCUGCUCACAGCUGAUAUGGGACCGAGCUCUUGGGCUGCCACUUGAGAGGCCCAAAAGUGUAAACAUGGACUGGCUCGAUAACUUCAUUCGCUUGAACCGCUGA